AUGGGUUUCGUUCCUUCAUCUUCUGUAUUUGCAGUUGCCUUUAGCUACGGCGGGAUGGAUGAUGACUACAACACGUUUAAGAUGAUCUCUUCUGAUAUUCCUCUAGAAGAAUCAUAUUUGCAACAUCGUUUGUCAUUCCUGAAGAAAGAGGAAAAUAUCAGUCUUAAAAGAGGGAAAAUUUCUAGUCCUCAGAGUUACAUGUUGAUGGGGACUACUGAUCCAACAGGGAUUCUGGAAAAGGAUCAAGUUUGCGUUCUUCUGUCUAAUUUUCGGCCCAAUGACAUUUGCAGUGACAGCGGGCCAAUUCAAGGAGAGGUGCUAGUGUACCGGCAUCCAGGUUUACAUUUUGGUGAUGUUCAUGUUUUGAAGGCCACCUACGUGGAUGAGUUGAAAGAAUUUGUUGGAAAUAGUGGCUUUGCUAUAUUCUUCUCUCGCAAAGGUUCGCGUUCAGUAGCUGAUGAAAUGGGUGGUGGAGAUUUUGAUGGCGAUCUAUAUUGGGUCUCAAGAAACCCUCGGCUUUUAGAAUGUUUCAAACAAGGUGAACCUUGGAUCGAUACUUCAUCAACGCCCAAAGCUGCCACCACCUUACCACCAAGUGCGCUUUUGCCCGAUCAUAUAGAGGAUGCGCUCUUUAAACAAUUCUUGACAACUAGGUUUGAACCGAGUUUUGCGAUGGGUAUGGCUUCUGACUACUGGUUGGCUUAUAUGGAUGAAUUUUUGACCCUGGGAGAUGGUCAUGAGAAAACCCUUACGAAGGCAAAAAUGCUGCGGUUGAUUGAUUUAUACUACGAUGCUUUGGAUGCUCCAAAAAAAUGUCGAAAGGUCGAAAUCCCCAAUGAUUUGAAACCGCGGUCAUUCCCUCAUUACAUGGAUAAGCCCAACUCCUACAAAUCAACUUCCAUUUUGGGAUCAAUUUACGACGCAGUGGAGGAAUAUCAACCGGAAGACACUUCUGACAAAGUAGUGGAAAAACUUCCGUGUUUUGAUGUUGAAGAACUCCCCGAGCCGUGCUUGAAGAAGUGGUACAAACUCUACGAGCAGUACAGGAGUGAAAUGAACCGUGUCUUGCAAUACGAUGACAAAGAGGGCAAGAAUCAAGCUGCUGAUAAGAUCAUAAGACGGUAUAAAGAGAUUCUGUAUGGCUGUGAGGACUUCGAGAAGAGCACGAGGCCCUUGGAUGAAAUAUUCAACGAGGCACUCGCCAUAUAUCGUUUCGCAUAUGACUACGCUUGGAAAGUAAACGAUAUAGGGAAAUGUGGGCUUGCAUGGAGAGUUGCAGGUUCAGCUCUCUGUAAGUAUUACAAGACCAAACACGAGGACCGCACGUUUGAAGUCUCGUUCUCUGUUCUCAAGGAUAUCCUCUAA